GAUUUGUCACUGAAAUCGCAGAAAGCAGUAUGGAAUUCGGGCAAUAGAUGGCUCACGGCGUUUAUUGUGAAAUGGUGUUUUCACAAGACAUCUGUCGACAAUGAAAAACCGAAUAAACCGUUCCCAAAGGUUCUAUAUAUACAGAAUCCAUUCUCGUGGUUAAUGAAUAAAUUAGAUUUUGGUAUUUUGAAAAAUACAUGGGAUCCACAGUUCAAUGAAUCAGAAUUUAAACGUGGAGCAAAACAGGCGGUGUCAACUAUAUCGCAACUGAUUUGUCAAGAUUUGAGGGAUGGACUGGCUGGCCUUCUAACAAGAAAAGCAACAACCAAACUAAUCCACGACAUUGAAACAUCAUGGACCGAUGAGCAAAGGCGUCUUAUUGGGAUAGAACCAGAAGAUAUUCAGGUUGCUGUUCCACGGCGAGUUAAUUUUCAGACGAUAGUGGAACAGAAGUUUUGUGACGUGGACAUGAUUUUUGUCGCCCUGAAGACAGCUGAACACAAAAGUUCAAGUGCCUUGAUCUUCAUUGAAAUACUAGCAAGAUUUCAUAGAAAUUAUACAGAAGGAAGAUUACCAGACUGGACUGUCUCACUGUUCCGUGUAACUCGAUUUGAUAUACGCCCAGUUCCUGCAGGGUAAUGGCUCCACAACUGCAAGAUUUUAACUUGUUUUGUGUCUGUCUCAGACAAAUUGUUGUAAUUCAUAGUUUGAAAAAUGAGCUAAAUAUAAAAGUAUUAAGAUGA